GCUCGUAACCGCUACGCUGUCGUGGUGUUGUUCAUUCCCUCAAAGAUCUUUAAUAUCUCUCAAUAUACAUACACCAGAUAUUCAAAGAUAUCUUUAACACGCUGUCCCUUUGCACAUAGCUUGGUUCUUCUUUCUGUUUUGGGGGUCUAGGUCUGGUUACUGUAAAGCACACUGUGACAAAUGAUAUUACAAUGCAGAGAUAAUUACUCAACCAAACAUGUCAUCAGAGAAAUCAGGGAGCAGAAAUGGGUGAUGUCAUGCACCUUCCCAUCGUCUUGGUAACCAAGUGCUAGAAUUAAAUGGUAACCAAGUGCUAGAAUUAAAUGGUAACCAAGUGCUGCCAUAUUAAUGAACAACCCAGUUUCAUAUGUUAACCUUGUGCUUCCAGAUAAAUGAAAAACUCAGUUUCAAAUGUUCUUUCACAGCUUUUGGAAGAGAAAAGUUUCCUUAACUUUCCAGGAACACGUUUGUUCAGGGGAAUGUUCUUUAUUUGUGUGCGCUGUGCUGUCUUAAGCUCUUUCAACCACUUUCUCUUAUAUUAUGUAAUUUCCUGUCAGUGAGCACAUGAUGUCAUUAUUAUCUGUGUUGAAUUCUGAGUUUAGUUUGUAACUUUGACAUAUUGGUAUGUUUCAGCACCAGCUGUAUCUGAGUUGGAAGUCACUGGGAUUAGAGGAGAGUCUGUUCUCCUGUCCUGUGACCUGAAUUCAUCCACGGCCAUCGACCCAGCAAGACUCCGGUUCCAUUGGCAAGAUGAGUCCGAAAAAGUGAUGUACUCGUUCAACAAAGGAGAAGAGAAUCGACAUCAGGAUAACCUUUACACAAACAGAACUAAAGCCUUUGGGUCUGAGAUGAGUUCUGGGAAUAUCUCUAUCAAACUCAGCCAAGUCACACUUGAAGACGAGCAGAAUGGCUACUGGGCUUUCGCUACACUGUUUGGCGAGAAUGAUAAGCAUAUCCUCGAGUUGAUAAAAGUGUGUCCCGCUACCCUACAUGUGGCAGCACGGUUCCCGACACCCAGUGUGACUGUGAACAAGACAAAUAUGAAUGCCACGUGUUCAACCCAGGGGGGAUACCCACAGCCAGUCGUCACAUGGACCAUCCAGGACGUCCUAUUGGCUCAGAACCGCACUCUGGACCCGUGGGAAGUACAGACCGAAAGACCAUCUGAUCCUGAAAGUGGACUGUACACUGUUUGGAGCCAAGUGAAUAUAAGAGAAAAUCAGACGGUGACCUGCCAUAUCUUCAACCCCGUUCUGAGAGAGACUGUGAGCAAGACAACCAUCGUCAGCUCCAAUCAGAGCAUUAACACAGACCCUGCAGGUGAAGUUCAGGAACGCUUUUCUCUCUGGAUUAUUGGAGCUAUUACAGUAUUUAUUCUGUUUGGCGUCGGUGUGGGGGGUUAUUUAUGGUACAGAAAACGUUGUGGAGCCAGUGGUGGAACCAAAGAAGUUGAAGGGAAGAACCAUCAAGGAAAUGGUAGUGUUGAGACAGAGCUUUUGGACAAGUUACUGUAGAGGUUCUGAAGCUUGUACCAUGACCAAGGACUAGAUUCAAUCCGGACCAAAAUGGAGCCCAUAUAUACAGCAUUUACCGUGAAUGCAUUCUCUGCAAAUGCAGGAUUGUUAGCUUUUAAAUUUCACUAGUGCGGAUCUUCAGUGGUCCAGACUGAAUCCAGGCCUAAAACCAUGUAAACCUCAACACACUGGUACAGUUGUGUACUCUCAGACUGACUUAGAGGAGACAUUUUCACUCUGCCAAACAGACCUCACUGUGCCAAACAGACCUCACUGUGCCAAACAGACCUCACUCUGCCAAACAGACCUCACUGUGCCAAACAGACCUCACUGUGCCAAACAGACCUCACGGUGCCAAACAGACCUCACUCUGCCAAACAGACCUCACUCUGCCAAACAGAGCUCACUGUGCCAAACAGACCUCACGUGCCAAACAGACCUCACGGUGCCAAACAGACCUCACUGUGUUCAACAUUAGGGACAGCUGCUGCAGAUCUGUAACCAGAUUUAGAUUACAUUUUGAUUUUGUCUUUAAUAAAUAUUGUUGUGAAUAUUCAAAAAGGUUCAUGUAUUAUAUUUAUUUCAAUGUCAAACUCUUUAUUCUGGUAUUUUCCUAUACAGUAGGUGUAUUGAAAUUUGGCCAUUCUAUAUUCGUAUUAUUUGGGGAAAUUGUAUUUGAAACUCAUUUGAAAUGUCCAGGAUGUGGUUACAUUUGGUAGAGAGACCCUUCUGCUGCAUUGAUGUAGCUAAACACAUGUAUGUGACCCAUAACAUUUGAUUUGAUGAAACAUACUGCUUAUUGCAUUCAGUGGCUCAUGGAUAGAUGCAGCGGCCCAAAGACACAACCACGCUGUUUAUAUCAACCUCAAGAUUAAAAAUACAUUUAUCUUGAACUUCGGUUCAUCUUAACAGAACUGUCAGUGAAUGUUUUUUAUGAAUGGUUAAAGGUUAAGAGAUCCAAUCCCUUAAAGUUGUGUGUGUCAGCUGUAGGGGUGUCCAUGUUGCUGGGGAUCGAAAGUGUCCGCUGAGAGAGAGGCAGGUUGAAGUGGCCAGAGUCUGAGUAGUGCAGAAGGUUUCGUAUGCUGAGGCAGUGAAGAAAGUAGAGGAGGAUGGAUCAAAGGGGGAAAGGAGCCUGAGAGGAUCCCAGUGAGUAGUAGAUCUGUGUGUGUGUGUGUGAUGUGCGUCUGUCUCAGUCACCAGAUCCCAACCUAGUAGAACAUUUAUGGGAGAUUGUGUUGCCUGAGACAGCGUUUUCCACCACCGUCAACAGAACACUAAAUUAUGGAAUUGCUCCCUCCAAUAGAGUUUCAGACACUUGUAGAAUUUAUGCCACGGUGCAUUGAAUCUGUUCUGGUGGCUCGUGGUGGCACAACACCCUAUUAGCACACUAUGUUGGUGUUUCCUUUACUUUGGCAGUUACCUGUAGUCAUUAUAGAAUGAAAUGUGAUAGAAUGUACACUAGUUACCUGUAGUCAUUAUAGAAUGAGAUGUGAUAGAAUGUAAACUAGUUACCUGUAGUUAUUAUAGAAUGAGAUGUGAUAGAAUGUACACUAGUUACCUGUAGUCAUUAUAGAA